AUGUCAAACGAGAACGAAUCCCAAUUUCAAAGCCUUGGUCAGGUUGUUGACCGCGACGAUGAUGAUAAUGGAGUUGUCCAGGUGGAGAGUCUUUGCAUGAACUGUCAUGACAAUGGAAUGACUCGCCUGCUCCUUCUCCGCGUUCCCUACUUCCGGGAUAUCAUUCUUGAGUCAUUUGAGUGCGACCACUGCCACUUCAAGGACAACAGUGUGAAGUCAGCUUCGCAGAUUCAGGAACAAGGCGCCAAGUACACCCUGACCGUCGAAAACGAGGAUGAUCUCCAGCGUCAGGUUAUCCGCUCCGAUAUCUCUAUCUUCAAGGUUGAAUCACUGGGUAUUGAGAUGCCCAAGGGAGAAAGUCAGCUCACCAACAUCGAGGGAGUCAUUCAGCGCAUCCACGAAUCCCUCUCUAGUGAGCAGGAACUGCGCGUAGACCAGGCCCCAGAGCUCUAUGCUGCUCUUGAGCCCAUCAUCCAGAAGCUUAAGGACAUUCUGGACCGUACUGGCUUCCCUUUCACUGUCUCAUUGGACGACCCCACUGGAAACUCUUGGAUCGCGCCCAACACUACCGAUCGCGGUAACAAGUACAUUCGCCGCGAAUACCCCAGAACUCAUGAACAGAACGAAGAGCUUGGAAUCUCUCAUGAUCCCAAUGCUGCUAUGGUUGAGGAGGGUAACGGUGCUAUGGGUGAUCCCGAAGAUUUGGAUAUCGUCGACGGCCAGGUCUAUGAUCUCCCUACUGAGUGCCCUGGCUGCACUUCCUCCCAGGCUUCAACAAGAAUUAAGCGAGUUAAGAUUCCUCACUUCAAGGAGGUCUACUUGUUCGGUACCAGCUGCCCGGCCUGUGGAUACAAGAACAGUGAUGUGAAGACCGGCGGUGAAGUCCCCCCUCUCGGCAAGCGUAUUACCCUCCGUGUUGAGAAUGAGGUUGAUCUGUCACGAGACAUUCUCAAGUCCAACACCUGUGCUAUGUCCAGUGAAGAACUGGAGGUUUCCAUUCAACCAGGAACUCUGGGCGGACGCUUCACCACUGUUGAGGGUCUCUUGACCGAAAUCAAGGACCAGCUUUACGGCCACAUUUUCGAUGCUGGUGGUGCCACUGGUGGUGACAGUAUGGCCAACUCGGACAAGAGCAAGUGGGAGCGUUUCUUCGAGAACCUUGACCUUGCUAUUGCAGGUCAGAAGAAGUUCACCAUUACCCUUGAGGAUCCUUUGGCCAACAGUUACGUCCAAGACCUGUGCUCUCCUGCCAUUGACCACCAGAUUACCAUUGAAGAAUACGAGAGAACCGAGGAAGAAGAGGAUGAUCUUGGUCUCAAGGAUAUGAAGGUCGAGGGUUAUGAGGAGGAGAAAAGGAGGAGGAGAACCCUAAGGCCACCGCUGACAUGGACAACCUGCUUGAUGCUUCCAUGG